GCUCUGGGAGAGCGAGCGAGCGAGCGAACGAGCGAGCGAGAGAGAAAUCCGGUUAAAAUCAGAGUCGGAGGGAGGUUUAACCACGGAUCCGUUCCGAUCGGAUUAUUCCUUAAAGGGGACGCGCCAUUGUCAAGAGAACGGAGCCUGGCGCCCGAGGGCGGGGACCGGCAGCGCCUGAGGAGCGAGGCAGCUGCACUCGAACUGGGGACGGCUUUCAGCAUUUCAUAUUCUGCUUCAUCCACGGGGAAUCACAGCUGCUUUGCACCAGAGUGCCCACUUGAGUGCCUAUCAAGUACAAGCUGCAGACUGAAAAGGCUUCUAGAUGGAUCCUUUCCAAAUUCGAUGUCUUUUCUACAAACUUUGUGCCUCAUCAACCAUUUCUAAGUGAGCUGAAGCCAUUUGUUUGAAUCUUGGAUGAUUAACACCUAAAUGCUUCAUUCUCACAACUACUCAAGAGUUGCACAGUCAGGAUUAGAUGAUCCAAAUUACCACCAAGAAAUUACUGUCACACGUGAUAAGCUUCAGCAAGAGUCAGCAAAGUGAAAAAGUACUGUGCUGCUUCUAACUUUCAUUCCACUUGGGGAAAAAAGAAUAUCAUCAUGUCAAACAUUACGAUUGACCCAGAUGUCAAGCCUGGUGAAUAUGUCAUCAAGAGCCUCUUUGCAGAAUUCGCUGUUCAAGCUGAAAAGAAAAUUGAAGUUGUAAUGGCUGAACCCUUGGAGAAGCUGUUAUCCAGAUCUCUUCAGAGGGGUGAAGAUCUUCAGUUUGACCAGUUGAUAAGCUCUAUGAGCUCAGUAGCAGAGCACUGUCUCCCUUCCUUACUCCGCACCUUGUUCGACUGGUACAGACGCCAAAAUGGAACUGAGGAUGAAUCGUAUGAGUAUAGGCCUCGAUCGAGCACAAAGUCUAAGGGGGAUGAACAGCAACGUGAAAGAGAUUAUCUUCUUGAAAGGCGGGACUUAGCAGUAGAUUUCAUUUUCUGUUUAGUUUUAGUCGAAGUUCUAAAGCAGAUUCCCGUUCAUCCUGUACCUGAUCCCUUAGUUCACGAAGUUCUGAACUUAGCUUUUAAGCACUUUAAACAUAAGGAAGGAUAUUCAGGAACCAACACUGGGAACGUGCAUAUUAUUGCAGAUUUAUAUGCAGAGGUCAUAGGGGUUCUUGCCCAAUCAAAGUUUCAGGCUGUAAGGAAGAAAUUUGUGACAGAAUUAAAAGAACUGCGACAAAAGGAACAAAGCCCGCAUGUGGUACAAAGUGUGAUCAGUUUAAUAAUGGGAAUGAAAUUCUUCCGGGUGAAAAUGUAUCCCGUAGAAGAUUUUGAAGCAUCAUUUCAGUUUAUGCAGGAAUGUGCUCAGUAUUUCUUAGAAGUAAAGGAUAAAGAUAUAAAACAUGCACUUGCUGGUUUAUUUGUGGAGAUUCUGAUCCCUGUAGCUGCUGCUGUUAAAAAUGAAGUGAAUGUUCCUUGUUUGAAAAAUUUUGUGGAGAUGCUUUAUCAGACCACUUUUGAGCUGAGCUCCAGAAAGAAGCAUUCGUUGGCUUUAUAUCCGCUAAUUACCUGCCUUUUAUGUGUUAGUCAGAAGCAGUUUUUUUUAAAUAACUGGCAUAUUUUCCUACAGAACUGUUUGUCACAUUUAAAGAAUAAAGACCCUAAAAUGUCUCGAGUUGCACUGGAAUCUUUGUAUAGAUUGUUGUGGGUUUAUGUAAUUAGAAUAAAAUGUGAAAGCAACACUGUAACUCAAAGUCGUCUUAUGAGCAUAGUGUCAGCACUUUUUCCAAAAGGCUCGCGAAGUGUGGUUCCUCGUGACACACCUCUCAACAUAUUUGUGAAGAUUAUUCAGUUCAUUGCUCAGGAACGUUUGGAUUUUGCAAUGAAAGAAAUAAUAUUUGAUCUUCUCAGUGUUGGAAAAUCUACUAAAACUUUCACCAUUAAUCCAGAGAGAAUGAACAUCGGCCUCAGGGUCUUCCUGGUGAUAGCGGACAGUUUGCAGCAGAAGGAUGGGGAGCCGCCAAUGCCGACCACGGGAGUUAUUCUGCCCUCAGGGAACACUCUCCGGGUCAAGAAAAUUUUUCUCAACAAAACCCUGACAGAUGAAGAAGCAAAAGUCAUCGGAAUGUCAGUGUACUAUCCCCAAGUAAGAAAAGCAUUGGAUAGCAUUCUCCGACACUUGGACAAAGAAGUUGGGAGACCGAUGUGUAUGACGAGCGUGCAGAUGUCUAACAAGGAGCCUGAAGAUAUGAUUACGGGAGAAAGAAAACCCAAAAUUGAUUUGUUUAGAACUUGCAUUGCUGCUAUUCCAAGGUUGAUUCCUGAUGGUAUGAGCAGAACUGAUCUCAUUGAAUUAUUAGCAAGGCUCACAAUUCAUAUGGAUGAAGAACUGCGUGCUCUGGCUUUCAAUACUCUGCAGGCACUAAUGCUUGAUUUUCCAGAUUGGCGGGAGGAUGUUCUUUCAGGAUUUGUUUAUUUUAUUGUUCGUGAGGUGACGGAUGUCCAUCCCACACUUCUUGAUAAUGCUGUAAAAAUGUUGGUACAAUUAAUAAAUCAGUGGAAACAAGCAGCCCAAAUGCAUAACAAAAACCAGGACUCACAGCAUGGUAUAGCUAAUGGAGCGUCUCAUCCCCCUCCUCUGGAACGAAGCCCAUACUCAAACGUGUUCCAUGUGGUCGAAGGGUUUGCACUUGUCAUUCUCUGUAGCAGUCGACCUGCCACUAGGAGAUUAGCCGUCAGUGUCCUCAGAGAGGUUCGGGCUUUAUUUGCACUUUUGGAAAUACCUAAGGGUGAUGAUGAAUUAGCCAUAGAUGUGAUGGAUAGGCUGAGUCCAUCCAUUCUUGAGAGCUUCAUCCAUCUCACUGGGGCUGAUCAGACUACUUUGCUCUAUUGCCCUGGCUCGAUAGAUUUACAGACGUUAGCAGAAUGGAACUCUUCUCCUAUUAGCCACCAGUUUGAUGUGAUUAGCCCAUCACACAUAUGGAUAUUUGCACAUGUGACCCAAGGCCAAGACCCAUGGAUUAUAAGUCUCUCCAGUUUUUUAAAGCAAGAAAAUCUUCCUAAACACUGCUCUACAGCUGUGAGCUAUGCUUGGAUGUUUGCAUACACAAGACUUCAGAUGUUGUCUCCACAGGUUGAUAUAAACAGCCCCAUCAAUGCCAAGAAAGUCAGCGCCACGACCAGCAGCGACUCCUACGUGGGCCUGUGGAGGAACUACCUGAUCCUGUGCUGCAGCGCGGCGACCUGCGCGUCCUCCUCCGCGUCCGCGGGGUCCGUGCGGUGCUCGCCUCCCGAGACGCUGGCGUCUACCCCCGACAGCGGCUACAGCAUCGACUCUAAAAUUAUUGGCAUCCCAUCCCCUUCAUCCCUGUUUAAGCACAUAGUUCCAAUGAUGCGCUCUGAGAGCAUGGAAAUCACAGAAUCCCUUGUUCUAGGUCUUGGCAGGACCAACCCAGGAGCUUUUAGGGAACUAAUAGAGGAAUUACAUCCCAUAAUUAAAGAAGCACUCGAAAGGAGGCCAGAGAAUAUGAAACGGCGCAGGCGUCGAGACAUUUUACGAGUACAACUGGUCCGAAUAUUUGAACUGCUUGCAGAUGCAGGUGUCAUUAGUCACAGUGCAAGUGGUGGCCUUGAUAAUGAAACACAUUUCCUCAACAACACUUUAUUGGAGUAUGUAGAUUUAACUAGACAACUCCUGGAAGCAGAAAAUGAAAAAGACUCUGACACACUGAAGGAUAUACGAUGCCAUUUUAGUGCCUUAGUGGCGAAUAUCAUUCAGAAUGUUCCAGUGCACCAGAGAAGAAGUAUCUUUCCUCAACAGAGCCUUCGUCACAGUCUCUUUAUGCUGUUCAGUCACUGGGCGGGUCCUUUUAGCAUCAUGUUUACGCCCUUGGACAGAUACAGUGACAGAAAUAUGCAAAUUAAUAGACAUCAAUACUGUGCAUUAAAGGCUAUGUCUGCUGUACUGUGUUGUGGCCCUGUUGCAGAUAAUGUAGGACUUUCAUCAGAUGGCUAUUUGUACAAAUGGUUGGAUAACAUUUUGGACUCUCUGGACAAAAAGGUUCAUCAGUUGGGCUGUGAAGCAGUUACAUUAUUGCUGGAGCUGAACCCUGAUCAGAGCAACCUGAUGUACUGGGCUGUGGACCGAUGUUACACAGGUUCCAAGAGGGUGGCCGCCGGCUGCUUUAAUGCCAUCGCUAACGUAUUCCAGAACAGGGAUUAUCAGUGUGACACAGUGAUGCUCCUAAAUCUGAUACUGUUUAAAGCAGCUGAUUCCUCUAGAAGUAUCUAUGAAGUUGCUAUGCAACUUUUACAGAUUCUGGAACCGAAGAUGUUUCGCUAUGCACACAAACUGGAGGUUCAGAGAACAGACGGAGUGCUCAGCCAGUUGUCGCCUCUGCCACAUCUGUAUUCUGUUUCCUAUUAUCAGUUGUCCGAGGAACUAGCAAGGGCGUAUCCUGAGCUAACUCUCGCCAUAUUCUCAGAGAUAAGCCAGAGAAUUCAGACAGCACACCCUGCUGGACGACAAGUAAUGCUGCACUACCUGUUACCUUGGAUGAACAACAUCGAGUUGGUGGAUUUAAAACCUUUGCCCACAGCUAGGAGACAUGAUGAAGAUGAAGAGGAUUCGUUAAAAGACAGAGAACUAAUGGUGACCAGCAGGCGCUGGUUACGAGGAGAAGGCUGGGGAUCCCCACAAGCCACUGCAAUGGUUUUGAACAAUCUGAUGUACAUGACAGCAAAGUAUGGUGAUGAGCUGGCCUGGUCAGAGGUGGAAAACGUGUGGACCACACUUGCAGAUGGCUGGCCAAAGAACUUGAAAAUAAUUUUGCACUUUUUGAUCAGCAUCUGUGGGGUGAACAGCGAACCAAGCCUCUUGCCUUACGUGAAGAAAGUUAUUGUGUAUUUAGGUAGAGACAAAACAAUGCAGUUGCUGGAAGAGCUGGUGAGUGAGCUUCAGCUGACCGACGCCGUCAGUUCCGGGGUCACUCACAUGGAUAAUCCCCCGUAUUAUCGCAUCACUUCCAGCUGUAAAAUCCCUUCUGUCACCUCAGGAACUACUUCCAGUAGCAAUACAAUGGUAGCCCCCACAGAUGGCAAUCCUGAUAAUAAGCCCAUAAAGGAGAACCUUGAGGAGAGCUACGUGCACCUGGACGUCUGCAGCGGCCUCAACAGCCACUUGAAUCGGCAGCAUCACAGACUGGAAUCGCGAUACAGCAGCAGCUCUGGGGGAUCUUAUGAAGAAGAAAAAAGUGAUUCAAUGCCACUUUAUUCUAAUUGGCGGCUGAAAGUGAUGGAGCACAACCAAGGAGAGCCACUGCCCUUCCCACCAGCUGGAGGCUGCUGGUCACCGCUGGUGGAUUAUGUGCCUGAAACGUCGUCACCUGGAUUACCUCUGCACAGGUGUAACAUAGCGGUGAUCCUAUUGACUGAUCUGAUCAUUGAUCAUAGUGUGAAGGUGGAAUGGGGAAGCUACCUCCAUCUUCUUCUUCAUGCAAUUUUUAUAGGGUUUGACCACUGCCACCCUGAGGUGUAUGAACAUUGUAAACGCUUGCUUCUGCACUUAUUAAUAGUAAUGGGACCCAACAGUAACAUCCGAACUGUUGCCUCUGUUCUUCUCAGGAACAAGGAGUUUAAUGAGCCCAGGGUGCUUACCGUCAAACAAGUUGCACACUUAGAUUAUACUUUCACAGCAGGCAUUAAUGAUUUUAUACCAGAUUACCAGCCCUCCCCUAUGACCGACUCAGGGCUUAGCUCAAGUUCUACCUCUUCUAGCAUCAGCUUAGGAAAUAACAGUGCUGCCAUUUCACAUCUGCACACCACCAUCCUCAAUGAGGUUGACAUCUCAGGAGAGCAGGAUGGAAAAGUCAAAACCCUCAUGGAAUUCAUUACCUCAAGGAAAAGAGGGCCGCUUUGGAACCAUGAGGACGUCUCUGCCAAGAAUCCCAGCAUAAAGAGUGCUGAGCAGCUAACCACAUUUUUGAAACAUGUGGUUUCUGUUUUUAAGCAGUCAAGCCCAGAAGGAAUUCAUUUGGAGCGUCAUCUUAGUGAAGUUGCACUGCAAACAGCCCUUUCUUGUUCCUCCCGACACUAUGCUGGGCGUUCCUUUCAGAUCUUCAGGGCCCUAAAGCAACCUCUUUCUGCAACGACACUUUCUGACGUUCUCUCCAGACUGGUAGAAACUGUAGGGGACCCAGGAGAGGAGGCACAGGGAUUUGUGAUUGAGCUUCUUCUCACAUUGGAAUCUGCAAUUGAUACUUUGGCUGAAACCAUGAAGCAUUAUGACCUUCUUUCUGCCCUUUCUCAAACCUCAUACCAUGAUCCUGUAAUGGGAAACAAGUUUGCAGCUAACAGGAAAAGCACUGGACAACUCAAUCUAAGCACAAGUCCCAUUAAUUGCGGCAGUUACUUGGGAUAUAACAGCAAUGCAAGAAGUAACUCUCUAAGAUUAAGUUUAAUUGGUGACCGAAGAGGUGACCGGCGGCGGAGCAACACACUGGAUAUCAUGGACGGGCGGAUCAACCACAGCAGUAGCUUAGCAAGGACGAGAAGCCUCUCCUCUCUCCGAGAGAAGGGCAUGUAUGAUGUGCAGUCCACUACUGAGCCUACCAACUUGAUGGCCACCAUUUUUUGGAUCGCAGCAUCGUUACUAGAAUCGGAUUACGAAUAUGAAUACCUCCUGGCCCUCAGGCUCCUCAACAAACUGCUUAUCCAUUUGCCUUUGGAUAAAUCCGAGAGUCGAGAGAAGAUUGAAAAUGUGCAAAGCAAAUUGAAAUGGAAUAAUUUCCCAGGCCUUCAACAGCUCUUCCUUAAAGGUUUUACCUCAGUAUCUACACAAGAAAUGACCGUGCACCUCCUCAGUAAACUCAUUUCUGUCUCCAAACACACAUUGGUGGAUCCUUCCCAGUUGUCAGGCUUUCCUCUUAACAUCCUUUGCUUAUUGCCUCAUUUAAUCCAGCAUUUUGACAGCCCAACUCAGUUUUGCAAAGAAACAGCUAGUCGAAUAGCAAAGGUUUGUGCAGAAGAGAAGUGCCCGCCGCUUGUGAAUCUGGCUCACAUGAUGAGUCUGUACAGUACGCACACCUACUCCAGAGACUGCGCCAACUGGAUCAAUGUGGUGUGCAGAUACCUGCACGACUCCUUCCCAGACACAACGUUUAAUCUUGUGACUUACCUUGCAGAGCUGUUAGAAAAAGGAUUGUCCAGUAUGCAGCAGUCGUUACUACAGAUAAUCUACAGUCUGUUGAGUCACGUUGACCUGUCUGCCGCCCCGGCCAAGCAGUUUAAUCUGGAGAUCAUCAAGAUAAUUGGCAAAUACGUCCAGAGUCCUUACUGGAAAGAAGCCCUUAACAUAUUAAAGCUGGUGGUGUCACGCUCUGCAAGUCUUGUUGUCCCCAACGAUAUGCCCAAGGCCUAUGGAGGAGAUAUGGGCUCUCCUGAAAUAUCCUUCACAAAAAUUUUUAAUAAUGUCUCCAAGGAGCUGCCUGGGAAGACCUUAGAUUUUCAUUUUGAUAUCUCUGAGACACCAAUUAUUGGAAAUAAAUAUGGUGACCAGCACAGUGCAGCUGGAAGAAAUGGGAAGCCAAAAGUCAUUGCUGUCACUAGAAGUACUUCUUCGACUUCUUCUGGUUCCAAUUCUAAUGCCUUAGUUCCUGUUAGUUGGAAAAGGCCUCAGUUAUCACAGCGAAGAACACGAGAAAAGCUAAUGAAUGUGCUUUCUCUCCGUGGUCCAGAAUCUGGCCUCCCAAAGAACCCAUCUGUUGUAUUUUCUUCCAAUGAAGACUUGGAAGUUGGCGACCAACAGACUAGUCUAAUUUCUGCAACAGAAGACAUAAUUCAGGAGGAAGAAGUAGCUGUGGAAGACAAUACCAGUGAGCAGCAGUUUGGCGUUUUCAAGGAUUUCGACUUUUUAGAUGUUGAACUGGAAGAUGCAGAGGGAGAAAGCAUGGAUAAUUUCAACUGGGGAGUCCGCAGGCGCUCACUGGACAGUAUAGACAAGGGGGACACGCCCUCCCUGCAGGAGUACCAGUGUUCCAGCAGCACCCCCAGCCUCAACCUCACAAACCAGGAGGACACGGAUGAAUCCUCCGAGGAAGAAGCGGCACUCACAGCCAGCCAGAUCCUCUCGCGCACGCAGAUGUUAAACAACGACUCUGCCGCAGAGGAAACCAUGCCAGACCACCCUGACUUACUUCUUCAGUCGCAAGAUUCCAUCGGCAGCAACACGACCGAGGAAGUGCUUCAAAUCAGAGAUGAGACCCCAAGUUUGGAGGCUUCUCUAGAUAAUGCUAGCAGCCAGCUGCCUGAGGAUACAAGUUCAGUGUUAAAGGAGGAACAUGUUACACCCUUUGAAGAUGAAGGGUCCUAUCUGAUUCAGGAACAGCAGGAUUCUCUGGUGUGUCGAGGAAUUCUUGAUUUAGAAGAAAGAGAAACGCCAGAGCCUCUGGCUCCUGAGAGCUACCCCGAGUCUGUCUGCGAAGAGGAUGUGACCUUAGCCUUGAAGGAGUUGGACGAGAGAUGUGAGGAAGAGGAGGCGGACUUCUCGGGGCUGUCUAGUCAAGAGGAAGAAGAGCAAGAUGGUUUUCCAGAGGUCCAGACGUCGCCCCUGCCGACACCUUUUCUUUCUGCCAUCAUAGCCGCUUUCCAGCCAGUGGCGUAUGACGACGCAGAGGAAGCCUGGCGCUGCCAUGUCAGUCAGAUGCUGCGCGACAACGACGGCUCCUGCGCGGUGUUCACCUUUCAUGUGUUUUCCAGGCUGUUCCAGACAAUUCAAAAAAAGUUUGGUGAAAUAACUAAUGAGGCAGUCAGCUUUCUGGGCGAGAGCCUGCAGCGGAUUGGUACCAAAUUUAAAAGUUCACUGGAAGUGAUGAUGAUGUGUUCAGAAUGCCCAACAGUCUUUGUGGAUGCUGAAACACUGAUGUCAUGUGAUUUGCUGGAAACGCUCAAGUUUAGCGUAUUGGAGUUGCAAGAACACCUGGACACCUACAAUGCCAAACGGGAAGCCGCAGAGCAGUGGUUAGACAAUUGUAAAAGGACAUUUGGUGCCAAAGAAGACAUAUAUAGGAUAAACACAGAUGCACAACAAAUGGAAAUUCUAGCAGAGCUGGAGCUCUGCCGAAGGUUAUACAAAUUGCAUUUUCAAUUGCUGCUUCUGUUCCAGGCCUACUGUAAACUUAUCAAUCAAGUAAAUACAAUUAAAAAUGAAGCAGAGGUCAUCAACAUGUCCGAGGAACUCGCCCAACUGGAAAGUAUCCUCAAAGAAGCCGAGUCUGCUUCAGAACACGAAGAAAUUGACAUCUCCAAAGUGGCGCAAACGACCAUAGAAACUGCCAUUCAUUCUUUAAUCGAAACUUUGAAAAAUAAGGAAUUCGUAUCAGCUGUAGCCCAAGUCAAAGCUUUCAGGUCCCUGUGGCCCAACGACAUCUUUGGUGGCUGUGAAGACGACGCUGUGCAGACUCUGCUGCACAUCUACUUCCAUCAUCAGACGCUGGGCCACACUGGAAGCUUCGCCGUCAUCGGCUCCAACCUGGACAUGUCGGAAGCCAACUACAAACUGAUGGAACUCAAUCUGGAAAUAAGAGAGUCUCUACGUAUGGUGCAGUCAUACCAACUCCUAGCACAGGCCAGACCAAACAUGGGAAGUAUGGCGCGCACUGGAUUCUGAGCAACUUCAGGCAUUUACUGAAGAGGACUAAGAAUAGUAACCAAGCACCUUUUAUGAACCCUUGCGAUUCACUGAUCUUUUUCUUUUCUGGCGGCAUCUACAGUUAUAAGGCCAAACUGUACGAAAAACAAGGAUCUGGAGAAGGAAAAACUCCAACAGCUGCCAGCACUUCCCACAGUAACUGUAUGAAGAUGGAAUUUUUAAAUUAACCCAUGUGAAAACAAAAGGGCUAAAAGUGAUGCAUACAAACAACAUUACUUUCUGGAGAAAGCAAAGGAUUCCAGAAGUGUUUGCAAUAAUGGCCUCUAAUACUGAGACAUCGGGAAGCAGGUGAAAUGAGGCUGAAAUAAGGCUGGUUCAUUUUAGCCGAAGACCUGCAGAGCUGCUUGGGUUUCUAGCAGUCACAGACGUAACCCUCACUUGAUGCUUACUCGCCUCCAUGAACAUCCAUUCGGAUAUAGAUGUACACAGAAGACUUAUUUGCAAAAACCAUUGAUUUUUCAUUAUGUGGGUUGAGGAAUUGGGGUGUUUUUGUUCUGGUUUUUUUUUUUUUUUUUUGGUCUGUAUAAGGAAUUACGUGUGUGUGUGUGUGUGCGCGCGUGUGUGUGAGAGAGUGAGUUGGGAUGUAUGGACGUGUGACAGUCACAUUUUCAAGGCGUGGAUGUUUGGUGAUAACGUCUCAGAGCAUGCCUAAAAGAGCACUGCAAGAUUAUUUUUGAAGAAAUUUUAUUUUAUUAGAUCUAACUCUUCAUAGUGUGUAAAUGUUAGAACAUUUUAAUAAUAUUUUAAAACUGGGCUUUCCCGGUAUUUCAGAAAGAAAUAAUAUAUCUGUUAACGUUAUUGGAAUGCUGCUCAGUCCUCUGAUCAGUGCUUCUGUUACUGUUGUCGAUAACUAACCAAAGUAGAUGCCUGCAGAGACUUUAAAGUGUAAAAUAAAGGUGUACGCUGCCCGUCAGCCAUUCUCAUUACAACAGUUAACUUAUUCUAUUCCAUAAUUAUUAUAGAAACUGUAUAGACUAAAACCAGUAUUUUCUUGUACAUUUGUGCCAUGCACUGUUAUACAAGAACAGGUGUACAGAGCUAAAGAAAAAAUUGUGGUCAUUGACAGAAUAUAUGACUUGCAGGCUCCGAGGUCUGCGGAAUUCCAGAAAAGAGAUGCAAAUGCAUUUUUAUAUGUUGAUUCAGGACUCGUGUGUUUCACCCGAAAGGAACCCGGGGCUAUGGGGAAAAUGAAAGGAAGCCUGAAGACUGACUACCAAAACAUGCAAUAUACUCACUGUCUACGUCUGGCGCUUAACAGGAACUGGAUUCUCUGUCCUUUUUUAAAUAGCAUUUUGUAAAAGAAAUGAAUGUAGUCCCACAACUCCUCUGAUUUGAAAGGAACACCUUGUAUUUUUUAUAUGCAUCUCUUAUCCACUGUGACUUUUCUUUUUAAACUGGGCUCUGUGACUCCAGAGUUUAGAAUGUAGAAAUGAAAUGCUUGGCUUUGCCUUUUCUUGGGGGCGUGGACCCUGCCAGAAAUGUAAUUCUGCUCAAGUGCAUUAAUGGAAGGCACUGUGCACGCCGUUGGACUGCUGACCAUAGUCAUGCUCCCCGUAAGAUUCCCUAACUGGUCACGGCACAUUCGUAAUCACUGUAUUUUUUGACCCUGAUAAAAACAAUUAUUUUGAUGGUGUUCUGGUACUGUACAUGGUGUCCUUUAAAUUAUUUAAUAAUUUUUGGGUGUGGGGCAGGAACAGAAGGAUGGUGUCCAGAGACACACCACACUUUACAUCCUAUCUUACUAUCCCCUAUUUUUCUCGCCCUCCUUACAUCCUUUUUGUUAAAAAUAAAAAGCAUUGUA